GAANAGCCGCACGAGGAGCUGGCGCUGUGCAAGUACUACGAGAAGAGGCUCUUGGACUUCUGCGCCGCAUUCAAGCCCGCGAUGCCGCGGUCCGUGGUGGGAACAGCUUGCAUGUAUUUCAAGCGUUUUUACCUCAAUAACUCAGUGAUGGAAUAUCAUCCUCGGAUAAUAAUGCUAACAUGUGCAUUUUUGGCCUGUAAAGUAGAUGAAUUUAAUGUAUCCAGUGCACAGUUUGUUGGUAACCUCCGAGAAAGUCCUCUUGGACAGGAAAAAGCUCUUGAACAAAUACUGGAAUAUGAACUGCUACUUAUUCAGCAACUGAACUUCCAUCUCAUCAUCCACAAUCCGUACAGGCCAUUUGAGGGAUUUCUAAUAGAUAUUAAGACUCGCUAUCCAGUGCUGGAAAAUCCUGAAGUUUUGAGAAAAACAGCUGAUGACUUCCUUAACCGAGUGGCUCUGACAGAUGCAUAUCUGCUCUUUACACCCUCACAGAUUGCUCUCACUGCCAUAUUGUCUAGUGGCUCAAGAGCAGGAAUUAAUAUGGAAAGCUAUUUAUCAGAAAGUCUUAUGCUGAAAGACAACAGAUCAACCUUAUCCAGAUUACUAGAUGACAUGAAAUGCAUGAAAAAUCUCAUCAGAAAAUACGAACUGCCAAGGCCUGAGGAGGUUGCUGCUCUAAAACAGAAGUUAGAGAAGUGUCACAGCUUGGACCUUUCAUUUAAUGCAAACCUGAAGAAGAGGAAAGGGUAUGAAGAGGAUGAAUAUGUCACAAAGAAAUGUAAAAUGGAUGAGGAGGAGUGGACUGACGAUGAUCUUGCGGAUUCAUCAUUACUUUGAAGGAAGACAGACUCCUACCACUGCAGGAACUAGUCUCUGGUGUCAGGUGUGACUCUACCUGCUGCAAGUUCCUUAUUAUGUGUCAUAAGAUCUUGAUGCUGUUAGUUCUUACCUUGGCAAUAAAG